AUGAGGGAAGGUAAUCAAUCCUCUACCCUGGAUUUCAUCCUCCUGGGCGUUAGCGGUCAGCAGCAACAGGAAGAUUUCUUCUUCAUCCUCUUCCUGCUCAUUUACCCCAUCACACUGAUUGGAAACCUGCUCAUCAUCUUGGCCAUUUGCUCCGACAUUCACCUUCACCACCCCAUGUAUUUUCUCCUUGCUAACCUCUCUUCUGUUGACAUCUUCUUCUCCUCUGUAACCAUCCCGAAGAUGCUAACCAACCAUCUCUUGAGCACCAAGACCAUCUCCUUUGGGGGAUGCCUGACACAGAUGUAUUUCAUGAUUGCUUUGGGUAACACAGAUAGCUAUAUCCUGGCUGCAAUGGCAUAUGAUCGUGCUGUGGCCAUCAGCCGGCCACUUCAUUACACAACGAUUAUGAGCUCACGAACUUGUAUCAUGCUAGUUGUUGGGUCUUGGGGAGCUGGAAAUAACUUCUACUGUGACAUUACCCCUUUGCUCAAGCUGUCCUGCUCUGACAUUCACUUCAAUGUGACGAUGAUGUACCUUGGGGUUGGUGUUUUCUCUGUGCCAUUGCUGUGCAUCAUCAUCUCCUAUGUUUGGGUCUUUUCCACAGUCUUACUAGUGCACGUUCCAUCCACCAAGGGUGUGCGCAAAGCCUUCUCCACCUGUGGUUCCCACCUCACUGUUGUUUCUUUGUAUUAUGGGACAGUCAUGGGCAUGUACUUCCGCCCUCUGUCUAGCUACAGUCUAAAGGAUGCUGUGGUAACUGUGAUGUACAUGGCAGUGACUCCAAUGUUAAAUCCUUUCAUCUACAGUCUGAGAAAUCGAGACAUGAAGGCUGCCCUGGGGAAACUCGUCAGCAAGAGAAUCUCCAUGUAA